AUGCAGCUGGUUCAAGAUUAUAUUGAAGAAUCAACAGCGGAUAACGUUGAGCCAAGAUUAAUGCGGGGAAUGGAAGGUGAAGUAGAUGAAGAUACACUUUCUUUAUGUGAUUUGCCCAUUUACAGUAGUUUUGACUCUGCAGAAGUCGAGGAGGAGUUUAAUAGUGAAUCACAAAGCUCAAAUACAGUUUCAUCUGAUUACUUUGAGUUCUUUAGUGAAGAAUUGAUGACCAAGAAUAAUCAGCUUCCUGAAAACAUCAUUUUCUGUGGAAAACUCAUUCCUUCCAGAAAACCAAAUAUCUCAGAAAACCCCCUCCAAAAUCUUGCCAAAAGCCGACCAAAAAAGCACAAAAAGUGGUACUACCAUUUUCAGUGUAUCAUCUCUCUUCCAUUUUACAAAAGAAACAGCAGUUCAAGAAAAAGAGAUAAUGGUGGCUCUUAUAAUUCUGGUUCAUUAUCCAUAAAAGAGGAGGAAGAAGUGACAACCGACGAAAUUAGCAGUGAUCAAAUAUCCAUAAUCCCAUCACCAUUACCAUCAUCUUUAUCAUCAUCUUCAUCAGGGAGGAAAUCAAGAUGGUACUUAUUCUUGUUUGGAAUAACAAAACUUCCCACUCAUAAGAUGGAUUUAAGUGACCUAAGGAAUAGGACAAGUCGUCGUCAAAUUCAAUCAUCCAUUUCCUCUUCAUCUUCGUCGUCGUCUGUCACAUCGACAACGUCAUCUUUACAACUCACAAAAAAUGGUGAUGAAAAUGAUGGAGGAAGGGAUUUUUGGUGGGUGGUUAGGGCGUUGAGUUGUGGCGGCAGCCACCAUGCACAGGCAAUGGUUAAUGCAUCUAUUGGUUGCUUUAACAUAACAUGA